CGGCCCGCGGCGCGACCCCCGCCCCGUCCGGCACCGCCACCGCGGCCGCCGCCCGCAGCCUUCCGGCACCGUCCGUGGCGCAGGCGCUCGGAAUCCUUCCCGGAGCCGCCCCGUCCCUUCCUGCCCCCGCCGGAAGCGGCCGCAGCGCCCGGGAUGGCGGCGGCGGUCGGCGGUGGCCGCGGGGCGGGCGGCAGCAGGGCGUAGCGCCGGGCUCGCCGCCAUGCCCAAGUACUACGAGGAUAAGGAGGAGGACGGGCGCGCCUGCAGCGGCGUGAGGGAGGACCUGCGGCAGUGCCUGCUGGAGAGCCCCUGCGUCCUGCAGGAAAACAAAAGCCCUAAGCAAUGCUUGAGGGAAGGACACUGUAGGAGUUUGCAAGUGACAUUCUUUGCAUGCAAAAGAUCAAUGUUGGAUACCAGGGCAAGAUUCAGAGGAAGGAAGGGAUACUGAAGUCCUCAUCAAGAGACCUCACCAUGGAACUUCGGGGUUCAUCAGCACUCUACACAAAACAGAGACUAAAAUAAGAAGAUGGUACCUGCUGCAUCCUUUCAUGCAGUGUUUUCAUGGAAGGUAGCUACUCCUGAGUAUUCCAACAGAUUGACCUGGAUGUGCAUUUAAAUGUUAAAAAGAAGGCAAGCAUAAUGCUGCAAAUUCUGGCCAAAAUGGGUACCUGUCAUGUACUUGCAAUAAAAAUGUGAAAUCCAGAAUAAGCUGCAGAAGUUAAAAUUC